GGACUUUUACAUUGACGCUGAGUGAAAAGGAGUCUGUUGUUUUGACUCGCUUCACCAGGCUGGUUACCUGUGGCCAAUGAAAGGAGAGCUGAGGAAAUAAACUGCCGGGGGAAAUGUGGAAGAAUGCUUUGUAAAUGAAGAAAGCACAGCGCCCAGGUAAAUGGACUUCGUGACGCUUUUCGGGAUCUAUGUGGCGGUGGUGCUCACCUGCAUCGCCCUGGUGUGCAGGUACUCAGGCCAGCAGCACACUCCCUUCAGCCGAGUCUACAGCACUCUGUCUGAGAUUGUUUCCCCUUGGAUUCCACAAUGCAUUCAGAAUAUUUUCUACAGGAGCAUGCACAGACUCUUCCACCAGAGAAACAGGUUCUUCAUUUACUUGCACCUUAUUCUUGAGGCUGCUGUGUAUGGAGAAUUCUCCUACGAGAUCUUUGGGUUCUGUUUAGAAAUGGACACCACUUUGUUUAAUGUGUGUCUUCCAUAUUUCUUCUUGGCAAUUAAGUCCUACAUAUUUUACCUGUGCUGUAGCAAAGAUCCAGGUACACUGACAAAGGAAAACCAUGCAGUUCAGCUGAAGGUGUACCAGUAUGACGACAAGUUAUUUCAAGAGGGAAUCGUUUGCCAAACAUGUCAGUUGGUGAAACCUGCCAGAUCUAAACACUGUAGUGUAUGUGACCGAUGUGUCCAGAGAUUUGACCACCACUGUGUGUGGGUGAAUAACUGCAUUGGUGCUCAGAACACUAGAUUCUUCCUGCUCUACCUGCUGAGCGUAUGCGCCAUGGCAGGCGAUAUUGCACUUCUCACGGCAGACAUGUUGUUUCAUACUGUCCUGCGAUCUGGAAUCAUGCAUGCACAUUACGUUGGUCAGCAGCAGCCUGUAGGACCACUGUUUGUCAUACAGCACCUCUUCAUGACCUUCCCCAGGAUAGUCUUCAUGCUUGGCUUCGUGGUAUUUGUAUUUUUCCUUGUAGCGGGGUAUACCAUGUUUCACUGUUACCUGGCUCUGGUGAAUCAGACAUCUAAUGAAUGGUUCAAGCAGAAAGGCCAUGGCUGCCAGUACUGCAAUCCUGUCUCUGGACAUCGAUGCCAUACUUCGUACAACCCAUUACGUGGUUUUUAUCACAGAGGAAUCCUCAAAAAUCUUGCAGAAAUAGUUUGGCCUUUAUGCCCUACUCAGAAGAAACACGAUUAGCUUUUGGUUAAAGGAGUUUGGUCAAAAAAGAAAUUUACACAAUUUUCUCCUGAGCCCAGAUGUAGUGAUACAGAGCUACAGUGUUGGCUCAUGUUGCUGACAAGUAAGGGAAGCUUAUAGCCACCAGUUUAGCAUUGUGCAAACUACAUACCUAAAUCGUUGCACAUUUGCACUGCAUUAAGUAAUCUCAAAAACACUUGCUUAUGUGGUUUCUGAAUUUGUAUGACACUUUUUUAUUUAUAAAAUGCACGAAAGGACAUCACAGAGCUGAAAACAGUAGCAGCAGCCAUCAUGAAUCCAGAAUCACCUUCCCCUUUAUUUUAUAGUUUCGUGUGACUCUGUGGAAAUAUCAGUUUUGUAGAAGUCGCAGAGUCAUAUGUUAGAAGUGAUUUAGAUAAAAUAGUUUGAUAUUUAAUUGUUUUAAUUCAGACCUAUUAUUUUAUGAAAAGGUUUACAUACAUGUGGUGUCUAAAAAUGCUAAAAAUGUUUCCUGAGGCAAUGUGUGAGAAAUUAGAUGCAGUUUGCAUAAAGCUUUCUCUUUACUUAGUUCUGUAGCUCCAGUAUAAAAAGGAAAAGCAAAUUUUGGACCCCAGACAUGUGUUGUGACUAUUUUUAGCUGUAGUAUCUUGUGAUACUUUUAAUCUGUAUGUUUUCUUUUAAAGUGAUGUUUUAAUAUCACUGUUUUUAAUACAUUGUGUUUUAUAUUGUUUCGGUGGGUGAGAUUGUUGAAAUAAAUGAUUUUUAUCUGAUGUUUAUUAAACAAGUGGCUGUA